AUGACGACGAAAUCUAUGCUUAGAAGUAUAAAGAAUGUGACCAACGGUUACAGUUCUGCCCAGGUGAUGGUCCGGAAUGCCACCAGUAACGACGCCUCGGGGCCUACAGUUACUCAAAUGGCAGAUGUGGCCAAUCACACGUACGACAGGGGCGAAUUUCUAGAGAUUAUGGACAUUAUUGAUCGCCGUUUGAACGACAAGGGGAAAAAUUGGCGUCAUGUUGCAAAGUCGCUGACUUUGUUAGGCUAUCUUGUUCGAUAUGGAAGUGAGGACGUGGUUAUUUGGGCUAAAGAUAACGUCUAUGUGGUCAAGACACUUAGAGAAUUUCAGGCUACUGAUUCUAUGGGCCAGGAUCAAGGUGGCAUAGUGAGAGUGAAGGCUAGAGAGCUUACUGAUUUGUUGGCUGAUGAUGAAAGGCUUCGGCAAGAAAGAGAAGCUGCAUCCAGGAAGUCUGGGCAUCGUGCACAGAGGGGAUAUGCUGCUUCUGGUAGUCAGGAGAAUAUUCCAGGAGAGAAUGAUUUUGACCUAGAGAGAGCUAUAGAGGAGAGUAAAAUGACUGCACAAGAGGAAGAGGAGAUGAGAAACCGUCAUAAUAGUGAUGCUAGUAUUGAAAGGGCUAUUCAGUUGAGUCUGGAAGAGGAUGAGAUGCGUAAGAAGAAACAAAACUUGUUGGAUCUUGAUGAUGAUACUCCUGUGCCUCCCACUGUUCUUGGUUACUAUACUGGGCUGCCACAGCCGAUGAAUUCGUCAGGCCAGAUUGUUGGCUACGAUAUGUACGGUAAUCCUGUGUACGCUAACCAGGCCAUGCCUACUGGUUAUCUUCAGAAUGCUUACCAGUCUGCUGCCUCGCAGCAGCAACUAUUGCAAGAACAGCAAACACAAGCUCAGGCUCAGGCUCAGCAAUUGGCUGCUGCCCAGCAACAGCAACAACAGCAGUUGUAUCAGCAACAAUUGGCUGCCGCACAGCAACAGCAACAGCAACAGCAGCUUCUGCUGCAGCAAGCAUCACAGCAAGUUCCUAUGGAAACUGGUUCUAACAAUCCAUUUGCUUUCAAUAGUCAGCCCACGGAUACUCCUGAUCAUGCAUCUCUUGAAAGAUUGCAGCAGCAGCAACGACUACAGCAGUUACAGCUACAACAGCAAGCUCAGACCUCUGCUGCUCCGUCAGCUGCCAACCAGGCGAUCUCUGAGCAAUACGCAGAGCUCAACAAUCUUUUGGCUCAAGGCACAGGUAUUGAUACCUUUGGUAAUGAAGGAGACUCUAGAAUCCCUGCCCAGCAUACAAAAACAGGAACUUUUCUCAACUCUUCCGGUACUGGAUUCCGUCAGGAAAAUGGCAACUCUGCUGGAAACCCUUUUAUGGGAACUCAGUUUGCCGGCAUGCCAAGCACAAUUGUUGCGGCACCUACGGGCUAUGGCUUCGGUAACCAGCAGCAGUCCUCCUCUCAGAAACCUCCCGGUAGUUUGAUUGAUCUAUAA